AUGACCCUUCGGAUUCCCCCCAUGUGUCCAUGGGCCAGUCAGUUCAACGAUGUCAAUUCGAGCAAGAAUGUUCAUGAUUUCUAUUCUCCAAAAACACUUCAGAUCGAUAAUGAUCUUCAAGAAAUUACUUCGAAUGCAGCCACAAAUGAUUUCUUCACAACAAUUGAAGCUGAGUGUCUUCAACCUCUGGAGCCUAACAGAUCCCCUGCACAUGAGAACAAACCAGAUAUAUCUUUAUCUAUAGAAGACAAAUCAAAUUUUUCUUCAACUAUAACUAAUAAGAAUCUAAAUUCAUUAGACUUUUAUGGUCCAUCUCCAUUAUCAUCAGAAUUUCUCCUGCAAUCCUCAAUGAAUAAUAAUGAUUUGCAUUCCACUUUAUUUUCUUCUGCAACAGAAAAUCAAAUUAAUCACGAACUUGCUCAAACUGAGGCUGAGAUUCGUAGACGAACAUUUUUAAUGAGUGAGCAUUACAAUAGAAAAACACGACGAGAAGUUCAGAAAGAUAUGUUGGCUUCUAGCUUGUGUAGUCAAACAUUUCAGAUGAACUCACAAGCCCACCCAACUGAUGAUUUUCACCAAAACUUACAAAUUCAAGCCAAGAAAAACCUGCCAACCGGGGAUCGAAAUGUUGCUAAAACUAUAAGGAAAGCUGUGGACACCCCUACACAUUCUUAUGUGAUCCAUAAGCACCAGGGAAGCAUGCUGUCCAAUAUGGCAGAUUUGUGGAAAAAAGGAAAGCUGUGUGAUGCAACUAUAGGAAAUGGAACUAUGAAGAUUAUGGUGCACAAAAUUGUAUUGGUGGCUCUCAGCCCUCAGUUACUCAGUUUACCAAAUACAGAUCUGACUUCAGGAUGUUUCCAGUUGACAUUUCCACAGGAAAUUGGUGGUGAUGCAUUAUGGGCAUUUGCCAAAUAUAUGUAUGAAGGAGUUGUUUCUCUAAAUGUGGAUGUGCUUGAGGAUAUGGAGCGUAUCUCUAAAAUCCUAAACUUACAAGACUUACAGGAUAUGUGCAGUUUAUAUCGCAACCAAGUCAACCUUCCCAACAACACCUCACUGUCACAGGCAUCUAUUGUAAAUAACAGUAGUACAACAGAUAUUGCCAUUAAUUUGGACCCUUUACAGCCAUCUGUCACAUCAGCACCUACAUCAAGUGGAGUGUCUUUCUUCAGCCUUCCAAGUGGAGAUAUCACACAAACAGUAUCAAGACCUGUUCAACAUUUACAAAUCUUAUCUACAAGUUCUAAUGAUCAUCAGCUUCCUUAUUCCAGUAAUCAGUCACCUACACCUGGCCUGAAAUUAUCCCCAGAGGAGAGGUCAUGUGUUACUAUUAGUCCAUCAGACUCUGACUCAGAUUAUACUAUUGUCACUAGUAAUGUAAAACAAGAGCCAUCAAGUCCAGAUGGAAUAUGA